AUGAAGGCCGAGUGCGGUAUGGACAUGGACUACGUCGACGGCUACGACGAGCUGCCCCAUGAUCUCCAGGAAAAGGUCUAUCGUGCUCUGGACCAAGGUCACGUCGACAUGGAAGACUGGAAGGGUGAUCCCGAGUACAAUGUCCCUGGAAAGAGCGGCACUGGUCCCAGAAAGACCAAGAAGAAGAAGGGAGAAGAGGUAAAUCUUCCAGUCUUUUCCUCAUCUCUGGUCUCCCUGCUGACUAUUCAUGCAGGCUGCCGCCGCUGCCGAAGCCGCAGGUGA